CAGCGUCUAGUUCUGACCCAAAUACGGAAGCAGCACAGACAGCGGCGAAAGUAAAAGUUGACAUGCUUUCUUGGGCGUGGAAAUGCAGUCCAAAGGCUUUUUAUAGACAUUAAUUAUUAUAACCACGGGGACGUCACAUCUUAUUUAAUGCUCAAGAUGUCUUCCUCUUGGUUUCGCGUUGCACUUCCGCUUUGUUUUGCGGUUUCAUCGGUCGCCCUGGCCAUCAGCGGACAGAUUCCCGCCAUGCCGACCCCUCUCCCCGCUGUCAUCGGUUUGUGCUCUGUGGCCGGGAUGGCAUUAAUCUUGAAGAUAAAGGUUGAAAACCGGACGUUAAGUAGCCUUCUGAGCCAGCAUGUAGCGGUGAAGGUUGUAGGCUGGCUGGGCAGGCGGCAGAGAAGGAAACUUGAAGCAGACACACUCAAAGUCAAAGAAGUCCAACAGGAGACUCUGCUGAAGCGCUUGCGUAAAAGCGCAGAUACGUAUUAUGGAAGACAGUACGACUUCAGCUCAAUAAAAGAUAUUAAAGAAUUUCAGGCAUGCCAUCCUAUUACUACAUACACGCACUAUCAAGACCUAAUCAACCGCAUCGCAGCUGGAGAAGAGAAGCUCAUCAUUGCAGAGAAGCCAUUAAUUCUGGCCAUGACCUCCGGGACAUCAGGAUCCAGUGCCAUGCUGCUCAGCACUAAGGACACCAACACUGAGUUCUUCCUGCAGGGAGUGACUGUGUGCUUAGAUGCCAUGCAGCAGGCAUUCCCUGAGACCAAGAGCCUUCAACGCACCACCAAGUUCUUUUACACUCCUACUUUUCGGCAGUCUGAGGCUGGAAUUCCCAUCGGACCAAACUCCUCGACACCAGCCUCCUCACGCCACAUCCUAAACCUGUACACGACUCCAGCACCUGCCUUCAAGGUUCCCGGUGAGAAGGACACGCUCUAUUUGCAUCUUCUUUUUGCGCUGAAAGAUCCUAAUGUGGGAACUCUGGAGUCCAACUUCGCCUCCACAGUUUUCUAUGCCUUCAGUGCCCUACAGGAGCGUUGGCAGGAACUUGUGGAGGACAUUGAACGGGGGAAAAUCAGCACUGCUCUGUCUCUGGAGCCCAAAGUGAGGGCCAAGCUUGAAGCGCUAAUGAAGCCAGACCCACAGAGAGCUGCCCAGCUCCGGGCCCACUUCCAGGACGGCUUCAGGGGGAUUGCCAAGCGCCUGUGGCCUCAUCUGAACCUGGUCCUGGCAGUGGACUCAGGCUCCAAUCAGAUCUACGGUGAAAUGUUGAGGGAGAGUUACUGCAAAGGAGUGCCUUUCUACUCGCCCUUCUAUGCUGCUACUGAAGGUUUAAUUGGGGUGAACCUGUGGCCUCAGGAGUCAGAAAGACGUUACUUGCUGUGCCCUCGCUCAAUGUUCUGCGAGUUCCUCCCAGAGAGCAGCCUGGAUGAGGAGGCCCCUCACACUCUGCUGAUGGAGGAGGUGAAGGAGGGAGAAAACUAUGAGCUGCUUGUCACAAAUGCUUCAGGACUUUACAGAUAUCGCAUCGGAGACAUUGUAAAAGUUGUUGGAUUUCACAACCAGUGUCCCAUCGUGGAGUUUCAGUACAGACGAGGUCAGAUGCUGAAUGUUCGAGGAGAGAAAGUGUCAGAAGCGUUGUUCCUCAGUGCUUUGAAGAAGGCCGUCGCUCAGUGGCCAGGAGCUCAGCUGGUUGACUACUGCUGUGCUGAGAGCGGCAUCUUGGGAGAUACAAUUGGUGGCUCGGACCCUCACUACCAGGUGUUCUUAGAGCUGAAAGGUGUGAGGAGGCUUACAGAGGAACAACGACAUAAGCUGGACAUUUCUCUCCAGCAGGAUUCGGCCGUCUACAAAUCCUUCCGUAUCAAAGGCAGCAUCGGGCCAAUGAGAGUGCAGCUGGUGGCAGAGGGAGCGUUUAACAAACUUCGUAAGCAGAUGAUGGCGUACUCGAGCACCUCACCCAAUACGUUCAAAAUGCAGCGGGUGCUGCGCAGGAAAGAAUAUGCUGAAUUCCUUCUGGGCAAAACGAUUUCCUGAGAUCACUUACAGACUGAUGAUAUUGGAUGUUUUUUAUUUAUGACUGACUUAAUGAAGUGUGCCUGUGGGAGAUGUUAACCACGAUGCAUUAACUCUGAUUUUUAAACAAUAAAAAUGCACUUUUGACUUUUGACAAAAUAUCCCAGAAGUCUCAUCUGUACAAAACCCCCAAUUUAGAAGUUUCCCGAGUAUUUCCAGUGGAAAUUUUCUGGUGACGCCAGCACGAGAAAAUCUUUGAGCUGUAUUUAAAUGUAAGCUUCAGUUGCCAUUCCUCAAUAAAUUUCACUUUACUUUU